AUGUUCACCCCCCUCCUCGAGGGUUGGGCAGCUCCGCUAGAGGCUGUGCCUUCGCAGUCUGAGCCGAAGCUCCCGGGCGAGUCGACUGAAGUGGUCGACGCCGAAAAUGUGCCCAAGGCACUGAGGUUCACAGAGCCGGGAUACGCCGACGAGGUCGGGGGCUUGGAUGUCUCAAUCGUGCACAGGGACUACCGCCAACGCGACGCGCCCAUCAUGAAGGGUGACUUCCCGUCAAUGGACGCCAAGAUCCCUGCGACGGUGUUCAUUGCUGGCGAGGAGCCCGUGUUCGUGUCCGGCUUCGGGAAAUCGGGUUCAGCCUGGCUUCGGUCUUCGUUCUCUCUGCACACGCAGUACCCAUCUGCCAACCUGCACAUCAAGCGCGGCACAGGGGGCGAGGUGACAGUGCGGUUCUUCCCGACCUGCCUCUCGCGCGAGACCGGCAAAAUGGGCUUCAGGUUCUUCGGAGGCGCUGGUGGCACUGCCCCGAUCCCGCAAGGCCGGGAUAAGCUGAGCGUGGAGAUCGCCGAACUGCUCACACAGAAGGCAUAUUUCGAGACCUGUAUGGGUCUGCGCAUGAAGCCGUUGACUGGCUUGAACGGUCUCGUGUGGUCUGGCAUCGACCAGGGCAGGCUGGACGACCUCGAGACGCAGAGCAAAGCAGGGCACAAGUUGUCGGACGCCGAUAUGCUUAUUGUCGCGCUGAGGCGGAGCAACAACGUCAGCAUCAUCACCAAGCGGCCUGUGGACACUGUCAAAAAUAUGAAGGCGAUGAAGUAUUUCACCAGCUACUUCAACGCCAUCAUGUGGCUUUGCGUCUCGGUUGGAUGCAACUGGUUCUACCGUCUGCAGGGCUUAGGCAAGGAGCUGGCCGACCAUGACUAUCCGUUCGAGCUGAGCACCCCUCCACGCUGGCUGGUGAAGCGAUUCAACGUUUCGUCUGCUGACACGACCUUCACGAAACUGACGCCAGCGGAGUGGGGGACAUUCCCCCCUUGUAUGGACUAUCCUGACGCGGAGACAUUUGCGUUUAUCCAACGGCUUGCCCUGCACCGUGAAGAGCAGCACCAGAGGCGUGCCAUCGAGAAGAUGUUCAGCGGCGGUGAAAACGGUCAAACCUACGCUACGUUCAUGUCAAACGAGGCAUUCCCCGACACCUACCUCGUUAAGCUGACCUUGGGCCACCCAGAGGAUGAGCAUACCUCGCGCCACCAGGAUGCCAACGCCUACGCCGACCUCGUCCUGCCGGAGAUCGACACGAAGCUUGAACUCUGCUACUCGGUGCUCAACCAGGGUAGCUGGAUUUUUCCCGGCCAGAUCGUCGACGUCCACAGCGCGAGCGACAUCGUGUGUGCCGUCUUCGCGCCGCCGGGCCGUUCCGACAACGUAGUCCCGCUUGACACACGCGUCCCGGUUACCGUCGAGCUGAAGAACGAUCCUACAUCGACCGCCCGCUGCGUCGCUGCCAUUGAAGAAAUCAGCAAAGGGCACCAGCGUCCCAAAGGCGUCGAUCUUCCUGCCGUCAUUCUCGGCGCUCCGGCCAGAAUCCUCAGCACCGGUUCUCUCGCAGAGGCAGUGACCCAGCCAAUGAGAGAUGCGUUCAACAAGGAACUCAAGGAGAGGGUGAAGCUCAAUGAUGAGCAGAAAGCGGCGGCGCGGAACACGCUCAAUUCAGUCACAGGCGUCAGCAUCAUCCGCGGCGGACCGGGAACCGGCAAGACCUCCACGUUGAUGGCCGCUGUGGCUGGGCACGUCAUGGCUGGCAGGCAGGCGAAGAAUUCCGCCGACAGGCGCAAGGUCCUUGUUUGCGCGUUCUCGAACCAGGCUGUUGAUGCGUGCUUGACCAAAUUCUCCAAGAAGAAUGGCUCCAACAUUAAGGCUGUCCGCUUCCGAGGUGCAUUCGCAAAGUCUACCCGCCUGAACGCCCUUGUUUCCGCGACCGAGUCCGCCGACAAAGACGUUAAGAUGACUAGUGCAGACGACGAGUCAGCCGAGCAACUCAACACGGAGAUGAGCGGUACAGACGAUCCAACUGUGCCGUCCGUCGCCGCCCAGCCUCCUGCGGAACCAGCUUCAUACGAACCGGACAUCAGCCUGGACCAGAUGACGCCCAACGAGAGCACCGAGAGCACGCAGCGCAAGCUGACGGAUGAAGAGGUGGAGGAGCAGGCCCGGAUUUGGAACGUCAUGCUGGACAUCAAGACGAACUCCAACUCGCUCGACCACACCGAACUCGCCUUCAAUCGGCAGCGACAGCACGACAUCGAGCAGUGGAGCAGCACGCCAGGCCAUGCCAUGCAAAAAGAUGCUGCGAAGUACCUCUCUGUACAGGAGCAGUUGCGUGACCAGAAGGUCCUUCAGAGGAAACAGCUGCGGGCCAAGCUCUUCGAACUCGAGAAUGUGCUCACGGAAAAGUUCUGCGAGAGCGUCGACGUGGUGUUCGCUACGUGUAAUAUGUCGUGUCACGAGGUGCUAAUGAACCACUUCAAGUUCAAUGUCAUCGUGAUUGACGAGUCCGGCCAGAGCACGGCGCCAGACACUGCAACUCCGUUGGCCGCCUUCAAGGAGUCUGUAGAGCUCGUGGUUCUCGGCGGGGAUCACAAGCAGAUGCCGCCCGUUGUCCUCUCGGAGCGCUUCAACGAGUGCUUCAGAGCCCUGUCAGUCUCCCUGUUUGAACGCCUGAUCGAUGACCCGUCCGGGCGGUGCCUCGUGCAGACGCUUAGCAAGCAGUAUCGAAUGCACCCUCACAUAUCCGCCUGGCCGUCAAAGGAGAUCUACACGGUGAAAGAUGGUGCCGGGAAGACGGUCAAAGGCCUCGAGGACCACAACAGCACCACGACACUGACGGAUAAGCAGCACAUCAUGCAGGAGUACCUCGUGGCGCAUCUCGGCGACGCAUACAGCGGCAGGAUGCGGAUUGCUGUGGACAUCAGCGGCGAAGACGGCUCGUACGCUAAUUACCAUGCUGGUAGCAAGUCGAAGAAGAACGACGCAGAGGCGAGUUUCAUCGUCGACCAGGUCAAGAAACUGCUUGCCUUCCAGCCCACGGGCAAGAAGUGCAAGCCGAUCGAGCCAGCCGAUAUCGCCAUCGUGACGCCGUACACAGGCCAGCGGCGGCUUAUCACCGAGCUUCUCAACCGAGCCGCGAGGAUCGACGGCAUCGAUGCACUCAGGCACAUCCAAGUGGCAACGGUUAACCAGAUGCAGGGCCACGAGUGCAACAUCGAGAUCAUCUCCCUGGUCGCCCACAGCGCGAAGGACCCGAUGGACUUUGGAUUCGUUUACCGGCGUCAUAUGCUCAACGUCGCGCUGACUCGAGCUAGGGGAUUCCAGAUGAUCGUCGGCGCGUUUGAUACCUGGACAGCGUCGAUUGUUGACGAAGACAUCCGCUGGAAGAGGCCGAAGAUGAGGUACAUGAAGUCCCUCAUCGAGUCUCUUAACAAGCCGAACGAUGGUAAGCCACUGGUCACCGACAUCAUGAUGCCUAGUGACUUCGACCCGUCCAACAAGCUGAAGCACUCCGGGUUUCCUACGCUGCAAUCAAGGGGGAAGAAGUCCAAGUCCAAGCAGCCCGACGCAACCAUGCGGGAUCGCCCGAUCGCCAAACCCAAGAACGCGUUCCGGGAGGUGGAGACCGAAAUCUUCCAGGAGCACAACCAGAAGAAGAGGCAGAAACAGCGCGGGAAGAACACGGCCCCCAGCAAGACCGCCUUCGGGAAGCCCAAACCCCCUCGAAAGGACGACGAAGGCGCUCCUUCCCCACAAGGCACUACGGUGUAA